GGGUUAUUUUUAAUCUGUGGACAUUAUUUUAAAAAAACAUCCUAGUUUUUUAGAGUUCAAUAAGGUUUUAUUGUGUUUUAAAUUUUCAUUUCAACCGACUGUGAAAUGUUUGAUUUAUUAAUAAAAGUGCGAGUAAUAUAGAGCCUACACCACAAUAAUUUUUAAUAAUGUAAAAAAAAAACAAGAAAGCGCGCCAAAAUGAAUCAAGAAACACGCAGCGAUUCGCCGAGCGACAAACGUCAAGAGAAUGCGAAAACUUCUUUUUUAAUCGAAGACAUUCUGUACCGUGGGCAAAGGACACAGUUCAAACAGCCAGAUCCAAGGAGGUUCGAUUAUGAGCGGGAACCUAAGUAUUACCCCACUCCAAGUGAAAUAAGACCCCAUGUACCUAGAGAAGGCUAUUUACAAGUGGCAAUGGGGGCUUUAGGUGCAUAUUUACACACACCAAACACUUUUAAGGCUGUGGAGACACCGUACUUUUUAUCACAAGGUGUACCAUACCACGCUUUAUUUACGCCGUCGGAAUUGUCUCUCUCAGCGUUGAAGCACUGCCGGCGGAGGAAAGCUAGAACUGUGUUUUCAGACCCUCAGUUGACUGGUCUAGAAAAACGCUUCGAAUCCCAACGCUACCUCUCAACACCAGAACGAGUAGAACUUGCCGGAGCGCUGAACCUGUCUGAAACUCAGGUGAAGACCUGGUUCCAGAACAGACGGAUGAAGCAUAAGAAACAGAUGAGAAAGCUGCAGCAGAAAGGCACAUCAGCUGUAGAUUUCACAACCAAAUCAGCUACUGGCAUAAAAUGUACACAGGAAGACUCCAGAAUAUCAACAACACAUACCUCCGACUCCGAUUCAGAACACAGUGAUAGCGAUAUCGAUAUUGUAGGCGAAUCGAAUUACGCACAUCACUAUUCAUCUACGUAAAAU